AUGAUUUAGUAUUUUUGGUAUAUUUGGCUAAAACGCAUGCAGCAACACUGAUUGCACUUCACUGUGAAAUUCGUUCGCUUGCACGUGUUUUUGUUAUUCUAUUGGAAUAAAGGAAAAUUAAGAGGCAAAAUUAACUGUGCCAGAUGGAGCACGACAACUACACUGGCGUCAGCACGCUGGGCAUCGACAAUAGCAGCAGCAAUGCCAUGAUCCUAUGCUGCGAAUGCGGCGUGGCCAUACAACCGAAUCCUGCGAAUAUGUGCGUAACAUGUUUGCGAAAUCAUGUGGACAUAACAGAGAAUAUACCAAAGCAGGCGGUGCUGCACUUCUGUCGCAACUGCGAGCGUUAUCUGCAGCCACCCAAUGAGUGGGUGCAGGCCUCGCUUGAGUCCAGGGAGCUGCUGGCUGUUUGCCUAAAGAAACUGAAGGGAUUGAAGGAGGUGAAGUUGGUCGAUGCGGGGUUCAUAUGGACAGAGCAGCAUUCGAAGAGGAUCAAGGUCAAGCUAACAGUGCAUGGUGAAAUCUCUGGCGGCACAGUGCUGCAACAGGUCUUCAUUGUCGAAUUUACUGUACAGAAUCAAAUGUGCACCGAUUGCCAUCGCACAGAGGCCAAAGACUUCUGGCGCUGCCUGGUCCAAGUGCGUCAACGGGCUGAGAAUAAGAAAACCUUCUACUACCUGGAGCAGUUGAUACUCAAAUAUAAAGCACACGAGAACACGCUGGGCAUCAAGCCCGAACACGGCGGACUCGAUUUCUACUACGUCAGCGAGAAUCAUGCCAGGCGCAUGGUUGACUUUCUACAAACAAUGAUACCUGUCAAGGUGACCACCUCGAAGCGCCUCAUCUCACACGAUAUACACAGCAACAACUACAAUUACAAAUACAAUUGGUCUGUGGAAAUUGCGCCCAUUUCGAAGGACAGCGCCGUCUGCCUCUCGAAGAAGCUGCGCCAACAGCUGGGCAACAUUUCGCCCGUUUGCCUGGUGAACCGGGUGUCGAGCAGCAUUCACCUGAUCGAUCCGCGCACGGCACAGAUAGCCGAGGUGAAUACUCAGGUCUAUUUCCGUGCGCCGUUCGAGGCCAUUUGCAAUCCGAAGCAAUUGAUCGAGUACAUUGUGAUGGACAUCGAUAUAAUACAUGAGAAGGAUCGCAAGACGUAUCCGGGCCAGGGCAUGGUCUCCUUCAAGCACGCCCUCUGCGACAUUUGGGUUGUGCGAGCCUCGGAGCUGGGCGUCAACGAUAAUCCCAUACAUACGCGUUCGCAUCUGGGACAUCUGCUGAAGGUCGGCGAUUCGGUGAUGGGCUACAAUACGGGCGAGGCGAACAUCAAUGAUCCGGAGUUUGAUAAACUGAGUCCCGAGCUGAUACCAGACGUUGUGCUCGUCCGCAAGCACUACGAUCGCCAAAUGCGGCUCAGCCAGCGCCUGUGGAAGAUAAAGCAUCUGGCGGACGAGGCGACGGAUGAGCGUAGCAAAUAUGAUUAUCACGAGUUCCUCGAUGAUAUCGAAGAGAAUCCCGAUAUGCGUGGUCAGAUCAAUGUCUAUCGCGAUAGCAAGAAGACGCUGCCCAUUGAGGUGCAGCAGAACGUGGGCGAUGUGCCGCAGAUAACGCUGGCCGAGAUGCUCGAGGAUAUGACGCUCGAGUGUGCGGACGAUGAGAUGGGCGAAGAGCAGGAGGAGGACGCGGCGGCGACGGAGCGGCAGGAGCCGCAACUGUAGGCACAGACCAGGAACUAAACGAGCUGAACAGGAGGAGAAGCAGACAUAGCUAUAAAAGGUCUUAAGGGAAAAGCAAGACAGAAGCAGCACUGAUAGCUGAGGCAGAAGGAGCAAAGGAGGAGGUAAAGGAGUAGCAGCAGCAGAGGAGCUGCUGAAGCAGAAAGUCCAGGCGAACAGGAAACGCAGCUAAAGAAAGUCUUGUUAAUUUCAUUCUCUUUUUUAUUAUGUAUUUACACACACACAAACAUAUAUAUAU